AUGGGUGAUAGAUAUAUAAAGAUUGAAGAAGUUGGAGAAGGAACAUUUGGUGUGGUAUAUAGAGGUAGAGAUAAAAAAACAGGACGUGUUGUUGCAUUAAAAAAAUUUCAUAUGCGAAAUCAGUUUGAUGGUGGUGUAUUUGAAUAUCUUGAAACUGACUUAAAGAAAUAUAUAAAAAAUAAUAACGGUUUAUCGGAAAUAAUUGUCAAAAAAUUUUUGUGGCAAUUAAUGAAUGGCGUUUGUUUUUGUCAUUCGCAUCGAAUUCUCCAUCAAGACUUGAAACCGCAUAACUUGUUGAUUGAUUCUAAUGGGAAUUUAAAAUUAGCUGAUUUUGGAUCAGCAAGAGUAUGUAGUCUUCCAAUAAAAGCUCAUACUCAUGAGGUUGUAACUUUAUGGUACAGAGCACCUGAAAUACUUCUCGGAUGUCAACAAUAUUCAACUGGUGUAGAUAUUUGGAGUGUAGCCUGUAUAUUUGCUGAAAUGUUUUUGAAUGAUGCUUUAUUCAGAGGUAUAUAUAUUUUGAAUAUGUUGGUUUAUGAACCUAGUAAACGAAUUUCAGCAAAAUUGGCAUUAUAUCAUCCAUAUUUCGAUAAUUACAAUCAACGAAAACAGGAUGGAAAUAUUAGUAGUUGUUUGUAG